AUGCUGCUCCUAGCCCAGGGUGUGGAUGGCCAGCUCUGCGCCUUCCAGCCCAUCAUCAUCGCAGGCUCCUCCAUCAGCGGUGUGGAAGACACCCCACUCAGUGUGUACCAGCAGUGGACGGCGAUUGGAGGGAGCGCCCAGGGCAAGCUUUACAGCAAGUCAUGCGCGAAUGACGGGAACUACAUUAACUGGAACAACGUGACGAUCAUGAGAGCGGUCUUCUCCGUCAAGUACGGCAAGCUGUGGCUCGCGCCAGGUUACCCGAGCUGCGGGGUUAUCAUCGACCAGAACACCAAGUUCGACACGCAGAUGGAAGCGCUCACCAGGGUGUUUAGCUUCAUCUCCAACGUUGAUGGCGUCAACUGCAUCAUCCGGCAUCUCUACUACCAGGGCCUCCCAAACGCCAACCAGGCGACCCAGCGCAACCUGUACGGGGAGCAGCCGCAGCUCGUGAUCCAGGUCGUCCCAACCUGCCAGCACGAUUUCGUUCCGAUCUGCAUCGGAGCGCAACCAGGAAGUCCGUCAGAUUGCGCGACGCAGGACAAGGCGCUCAAGUGUGCGGCUGGGUCGGGCCAGUGCGUCAGCUGCACGUGCUCGAGCGUGGAUACGCAGCCUCCGUUCUGCGGGGCUGAAUUCACCGCGACGUUCACAAGCACGACAGCAAUCAACUUGUCGCCAGUGGAGGACCUGCCGUUCCUGCAGAGUUGCCCUUACAUGUCCUUGGUGAACAGAUCCUCUCUGCAGUACUUGACGUCCCCGAGUGACUUCUGGUCGAAGAGUGAGGGAGGUCCCAGGUGCUCGGCCGUGCCCAUCCAAAGUGCUCCUGCAGUUUACACAGGUAGCAAUGCCGCUACUCAGAUCUUCCCGGUAUACAUGCAUCCCUCCUACUGCGGGGACGGGUGUGCGGGUUAUCCCAUCAACGCGCAGUUCUGCUUGCCCAAUGCUGGCUCGUACGCCUAUCACAUCGAGGACUUGGAGGCCGUGGACUUGAUGUUCAACGGGAUCUACAUCAACGACCUGGACUUUACGACGGGCCAGCUCCAGAUGUCAAACUUCUUCGUCAUUCCUGCUGGACUCAUCGUGGGGAACUUCCAAGGAGCAGGGUCCAUCACUCCUCCCCCUGCGAUCUCCUCCUCCAGUGGGACCAUGGGGUCGUAUUGCGCCAUUGCGAAACCUUUCUCAACAUGCGCAACGGCGGUGUCGUCGAGCACGUUCGGCAACCUGCCGGUGUUGCAGGCGGACAAAAUGCGAUUGAGAAUCGUAGCCACGACCGUCCGCCCGCUGAACUCUGCCGGAGGAUGCGACUUGUCAGCUCAGCCCCAGCUGGCGUGCUCCCUGGUCAAUCAGCAGUGCUCCUGCCGGAGCCAGACGUACUCUGUGCAGGGCAGCAACCGCAGCGUGAUCCUCUUCUAUGAGCUGUUCUCGACGGUUGACAACAACACCUUGGAGACAGGGUACAUAGACUUCAACAUGUUUCAAGCUGCAGGAAGCUCGUUCGACACCGUCAAUGGGCAGAUGUUUGCUGACCCAGGGAGAGUUUACUCUGCCGCCCUCCAGCAGUCUGUUGACUGGUUUGCUGCAUCGCCGAUGACCGUGUCUGGCGUCUACAACAGAUCGACUGAGACCCUGCAGCUGAGUAACAUCAAGACUUCACCGCAAGUCAACCCAACGUUGACUCUGACAGUCGCAGCCAAGUACGGAACUCUCACGCUGCAAGGAAGCGGAUCGAAACUUGUGACAGACUCUAGGACGAUGAAGACGAUCGAGGGGACUGUCGAUGAGGUCAACUUAGCCAUCUCAAAGUUGAAGUAUUCUGUCCCGGGACCGAGCAUCUUUCCUUACCUCAACACGAUGACAAGUGUCAAUGGCGUGCGGCAUGAGGAGAUCCUCUCCAUCGACGUCUUCAACACCCUCAACGCUUCCUCGAGGGUGCAGCUCAAUUUCUCCAUCGUGAUUGUCGCUGUCAACAACGCGCCUAACAUUGCCGUCCAAAGUUCGUACGAGAUGGCUCGCCAGGACCAGGACUUCCUCGUCCCCAACCUCGUUCUCACCGACCCGGACGCUGAAGAGAUCUUGCUCGGUCAAACGGCCCCCAAAGGAGGAGCUCAGAUAUCACUGCAGCUGAGCUGCAAGUAUGGGACUCUCAGAGUAGCGCAGCUGACAGCAAGCAACGACAUGCACUUCUACCUGAGCAGCGGGGACGCAGCCUGCGCCAAAGUCUGCGCCAGCAUGCCCAAGUCGCUGCCCGACCUGACGACCCUCCAGCUCUUGCCCAGCACCUGCCAAGAUUGCAUGCAGGCAGAGGGACUGAGAAGAGCUCGGGAGGGAGGGAAGGAGAUCUCGCUGUUCGCCAACCUCGAGACGGGCAAGCGCUUCCUGGGGAAUCUGACCUAUCGGGGAGACCCUGGAUACAACAACAAGACGGUCGACUCCGUACCAAGUGGGCUGGUCUGUGAGACUGCGAUGCGUCCGCACACAGAGUCGAAGGAUCAGAUCGUCAUGUCGGUGUACGAUCUGGGCAACACAGGAUGCACAAACCAGCUGGUCAAGAGCGGGACGAGCAGGAUCGUCGUUGAGGUCGUGGGAGGAGACGACACGCCGACUGUCGCCCUCUACGAGGACGGGAAGGAUGUGUGCACGGGCUGCGGGUCCAACCAGACCUGCUGCUCCUCGAAGCAGGUCGUAGUGGCCUCAGAGGACACGAUCCUCUCCUUCAGCGAAAAGUUUCAACUCGUGCUCCAGAGCAGCGACUCGAUGAACUUUGACUUUCCCACCUAUCGCUUCCAGCUCCAGCUCACGGCAAGGUACGGGAAGUUCUCUUUCAAGGGCAGCACGUCCUCGUUCAUAACUGCCAACAACCCCCUCGAGUCUUACUCCCUUUCCGCUGACAAGCGAGUGCUGACGGCAACGAACUCCAUGUGCAGGCUGAAUCAGCUCUUGCAGCAGACGCAGUACCUGCCUGACCCCAACUUCAACUCUCUCCUCAAGGUCUUCGACCAGCUGCAAGUCAAGAUCGCACAGGUCUUCCCAGCUACCAGCCAGGUGGGCUCCACCUCCACCUUCCCAGUCGACGUCAGAGCGGUCAACGACCCGCCCAACCUGUACCUCAACUCGGACUUGACAGGGUCCAGCUCCCUGCUGCAGCCUGUCCACCAGGUUGAGACGGAGACGUACGACUUCUUCGAGGGGGGCGAGCAAGGGUCCAAGUGCCCCGCAGGACAGAAGUGCUUCAGCAUCUCAGACAUCGACAUCUGCGAGCAGAAGUACCUGAGCUUCAAGGUCUUCCCCUCCUCCAUGGACGAGAUUGCCAUGCUCACGGGCGCGGUCUGCGCCAGGACGGUGCCGGACGGCGAAGGCAAGGGAGACAUGCUGGUCACCUUCCAGUCCAACAUCGGCAGCAUCUGGUUCUUCUCGAGGUACGAGUGGCAGUUGAGGCAGGGAGGAGGCGACGUCUCCGACGCUGCCUGGCUCGCGUUCGUGAAGAAGGUGAGGCCAGACGACAGCGCAGGGAAAGAGAACAGAGUCGUCAACAUGACGAGGCCGCUGCCCUACUUCAAGGGAGGUCUCCUCCGCUACUACGCGUCAAGAGAUUAUGCGCAGACUGACAACAUCUCCAUCGCCCUCAACGACUUGGGCAACACUGGCGGUCCUGACCCCUCCCGCUCCAAGUUCUGCUGCUGCUCCGACAGGAGCUGCAGCACCUGCAGCUCGCAGGAUUGUAACCUGCAGCUCGCCGUCUCCUCCUGCAGCAAAGUGCCGGGCUGGACCUGCCGAGACAAGGUGGUCUUCACAGACACGGGGCUGUCAGACUUGUCCGUCACUGCCAUCACUGUUGCCGUCGGCUUCGCCUUCCUCCUCCUCGCCUCCUCCCUCAGCUUCAUCGCUGUUGGGGAUAGCGGAUUCAAGGCAGGGGUUGGAGCCGGAGCGAAGCUGGAACAGUACCAGGUCGCCAUGUAG